AUGAACAUUGACGAGAUUGAAGGAAGAAGACUGUGGCUGCUGGCAGGCCAUAUUAAGAAGCUUAGCUAUUGUAACUCACUAGUAACAAUGCUGUACAAUAAAAAUUCAAGCUUAGAUAGACUGGAUACUUGCUUCUAUCAUUAAAACUUAGAUGGCUCUCUAAAUCACAAGAUUAUUGAUAGCACAAGCAUCGGCAUUAUCCCAGGAACUCUUUCCGAUAACUUCAAUUUUUGUUACGGAGAUCCAUCAGACCCUAAGGUGGCAUGGAGAAACCCUCAUGAAAGAGAAGUAAUUGAAAUAUUCGGAAGAUUAUUGGGUAUAGAGGAUAUAUCUGGCUACAUGACAAGUUGUGGAUCAGAAUCUAAUUUAGCAUCAAUAUGGUGGUCCAAGCUUUAUUUACUCAUGAAAUCAAGACCAAAGAUAAGUGAGCUUAAAGAAAGACUUGCUUUACUCGAGUCAAACGAUUUAGGCUCUAAAGACUAUAAGGAAAUAUAUGAAACUAAGAAGCAACUGAAGAGAUUAUACUCUCCAAUCGUUAUUUGCACUAAGACUCCUCAUACUCACGUAUCAGUAAUAAAAGCAUGCUAAGCUUUAGAAUUGAAGACUCUCUUCAUUGAAAGCAAUGAGGAUGGUAGCAUUGACACUUAAUCUUUAAGAGGAAGACUUGCUGAAAUGAAAGAACACGAUUACAUGAACUUUAUCGUGAGUUUGAAUCUUGGUCUAUAAAUAGGCGCUGCAUUUGAUGACGUUUAAGAAGUUAGAAAAGUAAUAGAAGAAGUAAAGAAUGAGAAUUGGAGAUAUACAGUUCACGGAGAUGCUGCUAUGUACGGACCUACUCUACCUUUCCUCUAAUAAUUAGGUGAUAAAAGCAACAAGAUCAUUGAAUGUGGCCUUGAUACAAUCGCAAUAUCUUUGUGGAAAUUCCUUGGAGUGUAAGUACCCUGUGGAGUCGCACUCAGCACUAGAAAUUUUACAGACUUGGCUUUUGAAGACGAUAACUUUAUUGAAUAUGUGUAGAUGCAAGAUAAAGUAGCUCUCUCUGGAACUAGAUCAGGUAUCGCAGCUGCCUCAGCUCUAAACGUUAUGAAAUCUCUUAAGAUGCAUGAAGGUUUUGAGACCUUACAAAAAGUGAUCGAAUAUGAUAUGGGACUUGCAGAUUACCUUUGCCAAUAAUUGGAAUUAUUUUUCCCUAAGGAAUAAAUCAAGAGGAAAUAUUUGAAUGUGACUUUCCCUAGAGCAAGUCUGCCUGACUACUUUAUUGACUAUUACCUUCUGUAGAGAGUUGGACCUACUCAUUUACAGUCAAUUGUGCUUCUUAAUGUCAACAAGAACUUGAUUGAUGAGUUUAUUGAAGCUAUGGAGUAUCAUUUGCCACUUCUUUCAAGAGAAACUAUCGAAUAGUAAUGA